AUGUUACGGGUGUGUUGUUUUCAGUUCUUCACUUGCGGUACUGAUGGCACUGUAUACGUAUGGGAUAAAGAGUCACUAACGGACGGAGAAGCUCCUCAAAUUAAAACCGUUGCUGAUACCACUCAUAGUUGCUGUGCAUGGAACAGAGAAAAUGUCUUUGUUGGACUUACGACCACUGAUUUAUUGACCGGUAUUGAUAAGAAAAUCGUUGGUCAGUGUUCUUUGGAUAACCUGGAGUCCUUCCGACAACUUUUCACUUUCUCCCUUGAGGUGACCAGUAUUGAUGCUAGUGAGAAUUACGUGGUGGCAGGAGGAAGUGACUUCACCAUAAAGAAAGUCAACUUGAACAAAAAUGGUCUGUACGACAGAGUCGAAACUAAUGGGGAAGUUCUUUGUGUCGCUAUUGAUCCAAAAGAGGAGGUAGCGGUUUUCCUUGUCUGGUUGGUUACUGGCAAUGUUCUGAAUUGCUUAUUCCCGAAAUCUUCAGAUUUGGCUAGUCGCCUGAAAAAAAUGGUUACUGGUAUUGUUGAAGGAAGUCUUUUCAACGUCGUGCUUGUCAAGGUGUGGUCGAUACUUGUGCUCUUCUACACUUUCAAACAAAAUCCUUGUAUGGAACUUGGAAAAUGGGAGGGGCUAUGCAUACUCAGAGAUGCCAUUCCUGCUAUAAGGACUGAAGGUGCUUAUAAAACACAUGGAACUCUUGAAAAUGGAUGCAGUUCUGAAAAUGAGAAAGACGACGAUGUUAGUAGGUCCCCGAAAACACGUUUUUUUGAUGACGAAGAUGACGGAGAUACCAGGAUGUCCGUUGAUAUAGGCGCUAUAAAGAAGAAGUAUGGGUUUGGAGAUGAUGGAUAUGGCCAUCUCGAUAGUCAUGAAUUCGCAUCCUCAAGUAAAAUAAGUUGCGUGCCUGCAGUUCCUCAUGUUGCUCUUUAUCGGCCUCCAAGAAUACCAUCGUUUUUUGUUUCCGGUGCUUCUCCCAAUCACCUAUCUGAGCGCUAUCUGAAGUGGAACCACUAUGGAAUAGUUCGAACUUAUUCCAGUGAAAGUGGCAGUAGUAUAGAGGUUUCCUUCCAUGACGUGUCCAUCCAUCCAACCAUAGUUCUUGACAACGGAACAACAGAAUAUGUGUUAGCUGAUCUCUCAGACCAAGCUAUCGCCUUGGCAAGUAAGAAGGAAGAAAGGGAUGAGGAAAGUGAACUUCUUGUGAUACACAUUUCAUCGUGGGAUAGUGAAUCGCGACGUUGGAAUACUAAACUACCACCGGAAGAAAGUGCUGUUGACGUAUUGGUCUCGCGAGAAAUGAUUUGUUUAGUCACUGAUAAGCGGAGGCUUAGGGUUUUCAGUUUGACAGGGAUUCAAAGACAUAUCGUUUCACAUCCAAGUCCAAUGAUCACAGCGACAUGUUUCGGAACGCAAGUAGCUAUUUGUUCCGUGUUUGGUGGAGACUACUAUGAAAAAAUUGAUCAACUCCAACCUAGUUAUCAGUAUGUUGUGAAUAUUUACGAUAUGGAUGGUAAACAAUGGUACCGGCGCAGUGACAGUGUUAAAUCUAUUCAUUUGCCCGUAGAGGAAGAAGGGAAUGUGCUUUGGUUGGGAUAUACGAAUUACGGUCGGCUCGUUGCCAUGGACAGUUCAUAUACGAUUAAUCUACUUACGCCAUCUGGUUUUUGGCUACCUAUUUUUGACGGAGGCUCUGAAAUUACGAGCAAAUCCGAUGCAGUAUGGCCAAUAGCUGUGAUUGAAGGAGGACAGUGUCAAAUAAGGUACCUUUCUUGCAAAGGUAGCAAAUAUCCUCUAGUUGCUGUUAAAAUGACACCAUAUGUAGCACACUGGAGACUGCCAUACUGUGCUCCGGAGUCUGACAAAUCGAAGCUGGAACAGGAGCUUUUCCUUAAUGAACUACAGCAAAGUGAAUCAUUUUCCUCUGGACUAUCUUCGGAUCUCACGGAAUUGACUUCUAAUCACCUUAAAUCACUCAUAAAGUUGUUUGCAUUGGCUUGUAAAAGUGAAAGAGAUGGUCGAGCUGCAGAGCUCUCUGGUUUUGUCACAUCAGCGAAAGGUAUUCUGAUGAUGUGUAACUAUGCUGCGAAGCUAAAGAAGUCUACAUUAGCAGAUAAGGUUGCUUCAUACGGCCGCGAAAAUAUUCCUUUGAGUGAACUGGUAUCCUCUAAUGGUUGCAGCACUCUCGAGAAAGAACCAACACCUCGUCCUUUUUUAAUAAAACGGAAAUUAGACGUCUUGCAUCCAAAACCUAUAAGCAUGGAAGAAGGUGCAUUAAAUGUUUCGGAAUCAGCAUCGGACUUCAACGAUGAAAGUGACGAUAUCCAGUCACAAGAAUCUAGUGUCAAUCAGCAAGUUAAUGAGACUCUAUCAUCCGAAAGCGUUGUUCCUAUGCCUAGAUAUAAUAGAAAUCCAUUCAAGAAAUCAGGACCUUCUACAAACACCCCAUCAUUCUUCGACGUUAACACUACCACGACAAAAAAAAAGAGAGCAAAAGAGGAAGAAACUCCGAGGUCGUCGACAUCGAAACAGUUGAAGUUGCAAUUUCAAUCCGCAACUAGCAAGAAUAAAGAAAACGCAAGUACGGCGUAUUCACUGUGGAUGGAAAGUAACGAAGAAUCACUGCGGGAUAUCUUCAGUGGAAAUCCUGAAGAUUUUAUGAAAUUUUGCACUCAACAAUUUCGAAUGCUUUCUGCAGAAGAUAAGAAACCCAUCUUACGAUAUCCAGAUAUUUCUGCAUCGUCUACGUACUGCGCAGCCCAGCAGCACGUGCGUGAUGGAGUCCUUUGA